CUUCCAUGGCUGGACCUCAUUGCGUCUUGCGUUUUGGCCGCAUUCAUUCAGAUACCUAAGCUAGGGUUACAGCCCUGCCCUCGUGGUGACCUUGCGCCUGCCUGACUUUUCCCGAUCCCGCUGGCCUAAGGCAGAGGAGUAUGACACCUGCGGCACAGGUAGCUACCGUCUCCCCGAUCCCCAUCCAUUACCACACCUCAGCAUAAUAUCACCUCAGUUAUUCGCUAUCUUUAGGAUCGUUCGUCUCCUCGGCCUUUCACCUCCACUCCCACGAGUCUAUCUCGACCAAUUCCUGGGUGAAUACCCUCAUCUCCACUCUUAUACCUUUCUUCCCUCUACUUUCUCUCCUCAAUUGGCUGCCUUAGUUGACAAUGUUCUACCGUAACAUCGCUACCCGAUCUGCUCUCAGGGCUUUUUCUAGCUCCAAUGCCUCGGUGGCUCGCUCGGCCCUUGCCAACAAUGUGUUCAAGGCUCCACUGACCUCUUCCGCUCGUUAUCCCGCUCGCCCGACCACCUCUCCCAGCCUUGCUCUGGCCGCUCGCAAGCCUGUCACCACUGCUCUUGUCCGCCAUGCCUCGACCGCUAAGGAGGGCAAGGAAGGUGAGGAGGAAGUUGAUAUGAUGGCUGGUAUCAAGAGCGAGGCUAAAGUCAUCAAGGACACUUUCAGCCUCUCGAGUGUCCCCAAGGAGGCUCUUUACCUCGGGAUGGCAGGUGUUGUCCCCUACGUUGCUACCUCUCUUGAGACCGUCUACCUCUCUUACGAGAUCAACCGCGCUGCUACACUCGGUGACGGCCUCAUCUUCUCUGGCCAGAGUGCCGAGCUUGCUCUUCACAUGCUCGAGCCCAUUCAGGUCGGCUACGGUGCUGUGAUCCUCUCUUUCCUUGGUGCCAUCCACUGGGGUCUUGAGUGGGCCGGAUACGGUGGAAAGUUCGGCUACAAGCGCUACGCUGCUGGUGUUAUCGCCCCGGCUGUCGCCUGGCCUACUCUGCUGCUCCCCGUCGAGUACGCUCUCAUCAGCCAGUUCCUCGCUUUCACCUUCCUGUACUACAACGAUGCUCGUGCUGCCGCUGCCGGCCGUGCCCCCGCUUGGUACGGCAUGUACCGCUUCGUCCUGACCUUCAUUGUCGGAGCUAGCAUUGUGGCCAGCUUGGUCGGCCGUGAGCAGAUCACCAACACCGUCACCGAGCACACCUUCAAGGAUAAGAUCAACGCUCUCCUCUUCCUGCAGAAGAAGGAGAAGGAGGAGGCUGAGGCCCGCCGCAAGGCCGAGCUCGGUGAGGAGGACUCCGAGUAAAUGAUUCCCAAAAGAACCGGGUUGUAUGAGCGUAUGAUACUCUUGUAUAGUCGAGAUGUUUGUGGGGUGUUUGGGAAAAGAAAAAAGGCUCAAUUAUCAGAGAGCGGAAGGAGAUCCGGGCUGUCCGCGGCAGCGAGCUGUGAUAGUAGAUGUAUUAUGCUUUGGCUUUUUAUUUUAUUUUUCUUUUACCAUUUGUGGAUCGAUUUUUCUUGUAGAUUACAGGCGGAAAUCAAGAACCCAGCAGACGCUGGUACUCUCCUUUGUUUAGAUCUGAUCUGAUCUGAUAUACUUCUCCCGAGUACCAAAGAGGAAGGAAGGAGAAAAGAAAGAAGGAAAAAGCGUGGCUCUCACACAGGCAAAAAGGGUUAUAUAUACAUACCCCACCGUCCAUAGGGCCAGGCUGAGACCACGUUACUGCCAAAGUAUAAAUAAGGCCAGCCGACAGCCACAUUCGAGUGUGGGGAUAUGAAGAAAGGAAGAAGGGCUAGUACGAUCCAGAAAAUGGAGUUAGGCUAGUAACAAGAAUAGAAUCCAGGGAAAGUCAAACGAGGAGGGCUAACAGGGCCAUCCCCAAACUCUAACCAGGGCACAAGAUGGUAGGAAGUAGUCCGCUGUUCUAGCACUGUGUGCUGUGUACAAGUCAUCCAGUGCAGAUCCGGAGGCUGAUGACGUUAGAAUCGAAACAGGUUUUGCUGCUAUCUGAUCCUUGACCCAUGGCGGCCAACUCAGAUCAGUGUACCUGUUAG